UGUCGAUGCAAAUGGUUCCCGACGCAGAUAUCCGGGAUGGUUCACGCCUUCAUCUUGCACACCUUAUUUCCCGGAUCUUGUAAGGUUCUGUUCUACAAGAUAUACGGAAGAUCUGGCUGCACGAGCGAGGACAAUGAGGGAACGGACAGUGCGCGACCAGAAAGAGGGAACAUCGACUACAUCGCUUCACAGGUGCACUCCGAGUUUCAGUUCCGGCGCAGCGUAACUAACAGAUCGGUCGAGGAGGAAGUCCAGUCGCUUAGUCAGGAGGACCAACUUCCGCAGUUCGAACUCGGUUUCCUGCGACUACCGGCCGAGGCCCUGUACUCGGAAGAGAAGAUUGUCGUCUGGUUGGGGACCGGAAACACGUGUUUUACUCUGGUCUGCCACAAGAACGAAAAUAGAACAAUCGCGGAGCACGUCCUUAAGAUCUUGAUACGCUGCACACAGGACUAUCUCAGGUUAUUGAACCAACCCGCGGAGGCGUCACUAAAAGGGGAGAGAAUGUGCCUGAUAUUGAGCCGGUUUCUUCCGGACGGAACCCUCGUGUUCAUGAACCACCGGGUCGUGCGCAGCAUCGAAAGAGAACUGGAAUUGUUGAUCAAGACAUGAUUUAUUCAUAGUGUCUUCAAGUGUUUUACUUAGGUUUGUUUUUUUAAGCUCCACUGGCCAGAGGCCAGCGGGGCUUAUUUCAUGGUCCUGUGUCUGUGCGUUAACUUUUUCUUUAAACAUCUUCUCCUCCUGAACUACUGGUCAAAUUCUGAUGAAAUUUCUCAGAAAUGUUCCUGGGGUGAACCUCUUCCAAAUUUGUUCAAAUUAUGCUCCUGGGGUCAAAUUUGACCCUGCCCUGGGGGGUCAAAAAUUUAGAAUUUGCUUAUAUAAGGCCUAUUUUGUAAAAACUUUAAAAACCUUCUUGUCCAUAACCAUUUAGCCUAGUGCUACCAAAUUUGGUAUGUAGUGACAUCUUAUAGUCCUCUACCAAGUUUCUUCAAAUUAUGCCCCUGGGGUCGAAUUUGACCCUGCCCCGGUGGGUCAAAAAUUGCAAAUUUGCUUAUAUAAGGCCUAUUUUGUGAAAACUUUAAAAAUCUACUUGUCCAUAACCAUUGGGCCUAGGGCUACCAAAUUUGAUAUGUUGUGACAUCUUAUAGUCCCCUACCAAGUUUCUUCAAAUUAUGCCCCUGGGGUCAAAUUUGACCCUGCCCCGGGGGAUCAAAAAAAUGAAAAUUUGCUUAUAAAAGGCCUAUUUUGUGAAAACUUUAGAACUCUUCUUGUCCAUAACCUUUGGGCCUAGGGCUACCACAUUUGGUUUGAAGUGACAUCUUAUAGUCCUCUACCAAGUUUCUUCAAAUUAUGCCCCUGGGGUCAAAUUUGACCCUGCCCUGGGGAGUCAAAAAAAUGAAAAUUUGCUUUUAUAAGGCCUAUUUUGUGAAAACUUUAAAAAUCUUCUCAUCCAUAAGCAUUGGGCCUAGGGCUACCAAAUUUAGUAUGUAGUGACAUCUUAUAGUUCUCGACCAAGUUUUUUCAAAUUAUGCCCCUGGGGUCAAAUUUGAUUCUGCUCCGGGGGGGUCAAAAAAAUGAAAAUUUGCCUAUAUAAGGCCUGUUUUGUGCAAACUUUAAAAAUCUACUUGUCCAUAACUGUAUGGCAUAGGGCUACCAAAUUUGGUAUGUAAUGACAUCUAAUAGUCCUCUACCAAGUUUGUUCAAAUUAAGCCCCUGGGAUCAAAUUUGACCGUUCUCCAGGGGUCACAAAAUUGAACAUAUGCUUAUAUUGGGCCCAUUUUGUGCAAACUUUAAAAAUCUUCUUGUCCAUAACUAUUUGGCCUAUUUCUACCAAAUUUGGUAUGUAGUGACAUCUAAUAGGCCUCUACGUAUUUUGUUAAAUUUAUGCCCCUGGGGACAAAUUUGACUCUGCCCCGGGGGUCAAAAAAAUGAAUAUAUGCUUAAAUAAGGCCUAUUUUGAGCAAACUUUAAAAAUCUUCUUGUUUAUAAUUAUAGAGCCUAGGGCUACUAAAUUAUGUAUGUAGUGAUAUCUAAUAGUCCUGUACCAAAUUUGUUCAUGACUCGCAGAUGACCCCCUAAUGAUUUUCAGGUCACUAGGUCAAAGGUCAAGGUCAUGGUGACCCGAAAUGGUAAAAUGGUUUCCGGAUGAUAACUCAAGAACGCUUAUGCCUAGGAUCAUGAAACUUCAUAGGUACAUUGAUCAUGACUCGCAGAUGAACCCUAUUGAUUUUUAGGUCAAAGGUCAAGGUUUGGUGACCCGAAAUAGUUAAAUGGUUUCCGGAUGAUAACUCAAGAACACUUAUGCCUAGGUAAUGAAACUUCAUAGGUACAUUGAUCAUGACUCGCAGAUGACCCCUAUUUAAUUUUUAGGUCACUAGGUCAAAGGUCAAGGUCAUGGUGACCUGAAAUAGUUAAAUGGUUUCUGGAUGAUAACUCAAGAACGCUUAUGCCUAGGAUCAUGAAACUUCAUAGGUACAUUGAUAAUGACUGGCAGAUGACCCCUAUUGAUUUUCAGGUCACUAGGUCAAAGGUCAAGGUCAUGUUGACUCAACUUAGAAAAAUGGUUUCCGGAUGAUAACUCAAGAAGGCUUACGCCUGGGAUCAUGAAACUUAAUUGGUACAUUGAUCAUGACUCGCAGAUGACCCAUAUUGACGUUCAGGUCACUAGGUCACUAGGUCAAAGGUCAAGGUCACGGUGACUUUACACAGUAAAAUGGUUUCCGGAUGAUAACUCAAGAAAGCUAAUACGCCUAGGAUCAUGAAACUUCAUAGGUACAUUUAUCAUGACUCGCAUAUGACCCCUAUUGAUUUUUAGUGCCAAAAAAUGUAUUCACACAAUGGCUGCCACUACAACUGACAGCUCCUAUGGGGAGCAUGCAUGUUUUACAAACAGCCCUUGUUAUAUUUUGAGAUGAUUCUUUACAAAGAAAGAUGCUACUAUUGUAUUUGUUAUAAAUGUGUGAAAGGCUCUUAAGAAGGAACCAGAGAUUAUAAACCCUUUACCAAACUCUAACAGGAUUUUACAGGUUUGUAGCUGACGACUUUAUAAAUAAUUGUGAUAAAAGGAGUAAUUGCUCAAGAUGAGCAAUCUCUCCUUUUAUCACAAUUAUUUCUACCCUACCUGAUCAUUUCCUUCAGAUUCUAUUACAAUUUAAUUGUCGUCUGCAACCUCUUUCAAAUUGGGAAAGUCCAAAAUGUGUCGUUUGGUAAAGGGUUAAGGCAUUUUUAUUCAUAUGGGUCUUGUGAAUCUGUUUCAAAUCAAAUGCGUAGAUUUGAUCUUCAGCAUCUAAAAAUAUGUGAAAUAGAAAGAACGACAAUAUCUUUUGGAGAGAUAAAUGUACCUACGUUAUAAGCAAAGGACCUGUGCAACAAUUCCCGGGCUUUUUAGUCCGUUCAGUUAACACGGUAGUAACUUUUUCCAUACAUAAAAAUACUCACCCUUCCAACUUUAAGCGCCCAGUGGGACGAGGGAUAGAAAGAGAAAGUCACAUGCUUGAGUACAUUUCAACCCAUGCGCAUUGCACGUUUGUUUCACAUAAAAAACAGUGGAGCGAUACAGGGCCAUCAUGGCCCUCUUGUUAAUUGUAAGCUCAGUAAAAGGGAUAUACAUAACGUUAAAUCCUAACAAUUUAUGUUUAUAUCGGCCCAGUUUGUUUAUUAUAUAAAUCACGGACUCUAGAUGAGAAAUAUUUUGUCGAAACUGAGUCACGUGACCUUAACUAUCGAUCUUUUAUAAAUAGCGAACAUUGAAGCGCCGAGGUUAUACAUUUUGAUAUACCCACUCACGUCUUUUUUUAUGUCCCCCACCACUAUAGUGGGGGACAUAUUGUUUUUGCCCUGUCUGUUGGUUUGUGUGUUUGUUUGUUUGUUUGCCCCUACUUAAACAUUUGCAAUAACUUUUGCAAUAUUCAAGAUAUCAACUUGAUAUUUGGCAUGCAUGUGUAUCUCAUGGAGCUGCACAUUUUGAGUGUUGAAAGGUCAAGGUCAUCCUUCAAGGUCAAAUAUAUAGCUUCAAAGCGGCGCAAAAGGGGACAUAGUGUUUCUGACAAACACAUAUCUUGUUUAAAUUAUACUUUCUUUUCUCGGCCGAUUUUAACAAAUUAUCGAUAGCUAUCGGUCACGUGACUAAGUUACGACACGGUUAAAAGCGCGGGGGGCAAAACUUAAAUUGUUUAUAUUUUGUGAUUAACGCGCUAUAAAUCCAUAAAUAACAACGGAAAUAUACUAAAAGUUAUAAUUUUGUUGAAAGAGGAAUUAAUAAGCAACAAGAUAACGUAUACACCAAUAAAAUCGGAUGAUUAGGUUUUGCAUAGAAUUGAAUUUACUACUGUAAGGGUUAAAUACUCGAUUCAACUCCUAUCAAUAUACGCUCCGUGUAUGAAUGAAACUACUUGCUAGAAUGCACUAAACAUGUCUUUGCUA